UGGUUUUGUCGCACUGACUGACUGACUGGCUGACGGUAGUUGGUUUUGUCGCACUGACUGACUGACUGGCUGACGGUAGUUGGUUUUGCCGCACUGACGGUAGUUGGUUUUUGCCGCACUGACGUUAGUUGGUUUUUGCCGCACUGACUGACUGACGUUAGUUGGUUGUUUAUUCUGACAGAUAUGGUUUGUCGUACGGACUGUUGUUAGUUGGUUGUUUGUACGGACUGAUAUAAUUUGUCGUACUGACUAAUUAGUUCGUUUGUCGUACUGUCUGGUAUUACUUGUUUUUUUGUAUUUUGACUGAUAUAAUUUGGUUUGUCAUACUGACUAUUAGUUGGGUUGAUUGCCUAUUGAUGAACUGUCAAUGCAUUCCAUUAACAGUCCAUGCUGGCUGGCACUCGCGGGCUCUGCCUCACUUUAAUCAGUCGUCAAUUGCAUCACUAUUUUGUAAACCUCAUCAGUUAGUUUUUUGUACUGACUAAUAUUAGGCCUAGUUGGUUUGUUGUACUGAAGCGGAAGAGAGAGGCCCAACUCAUCAGAAAAUCUGUCUCCCUCCAUCAGGUGUUGUUUUUUGUUGUUUCGCCCACAAAGCAAGAGAGUGUUGAAUUUAGCCAACAAUAAAAUGAAUGGCUUAUUUGCUACAUGAGGUUUAUUUAUAAUAUAAGUUUUGUAAUGCUUAAGUUAUGAGUGUACUGAUAUAAGUAGGACACAUGACAUCGUUGUCACUUGAGGAAAAAACACUAUCUUGGAGAUGGCUAUGCAUAUUCUUGGGAUGAGGCUAGCAGCAUCUCUCUCCAUUGAAUACAGGCGGUUAAUGUCACAACCCUCAUCGAAUAUUCAAAAAAGAAUUACAAUAAUCCACCAAUCCAAAGCAAAGAUAGGCAGGAGCUAGUCAGUCUGCAUUUCCGCUUUGUGGACAACAACUCCCACCGUUAGGGCGGGGAGACAUGUAUCUUGUCAGUAUAUCCAUAAUCUUUGGUUGUACUGACUGAUAUCUGUUGGUUUGAGUAGAGUAGUACUUUAUUGAUCCCAACUUGGGAAAUAGUUUUCACUCAGCAUCAAGGCACCUGCAUGUUAAUAGCCAUAAAAGAUGGAGACAAGUUUAAGAUUAAUACUGUUGUCUAUCCUUCUGCUGGGAAACAAGCAAUAACAUUUCUAUAAAGAAGGCACCAUAAAUGAGUCAUUUACACUCGUUAAAAAGCCUCAUGGCUGUGGGUAAAAAUGGCCUUCUGAACUGCUCUGUGGAGCUUCUGGGCAGGAUGAACCUGCUACCAAAGCUGCGCCUGUGUGGCAUUCAAGUGAUGUGUGGAGUGGGUUGAAAAACUCCUCGCUAUGGAUUGAAUUAGUCUUGUCGUCAUCCUUUGUCUCAUUGUUAUGUACUGUGUUUCUGUUGUUGUAGAGAAGCGGUUUUCCUGUCCUAUGUGUGCUCUGGUCUGCACCGACGCCUUCAUCCUACAGGAACAUGUUGAAUUGCACUUGCUAGAAGAGAGCCCAGCUGAAGAGGCUGUCCUGGGGGCCACAUCAUCAACCGAGGCAGCAUCAUCCAGCAACAGCUCAGGUGGGAAGAGCUAUGUGUGUCCCCUGUGUUCUGUGGUGUGUGGAGACUGCUACUCCCUACAGGAACAUGUGGAGCUGCAUCUUGACUAUGGUACAGCCAUUAGUGCAGUGAGCCCUGGCUCAGACCUGAGGCUGGCCAGACUGCUGCAGGAGGAGGAAAAGCAGAGGAGGAAGGAACAGGAGGCGAAGCAGGAGGCAGAGGAGUUCAAGAAGCUGCAGGUUCUUAUAAAGCACAACCAUAAUAACCCUGGAGUAGUGGAUUUGAACUUGCUGCAUGAUGCACCAUAUGACGCGUCUGUGCUUUGUCACAUGGCUUAUGUAGGAAGUGUUUGGUUUAUUUGUGUUUCUGCACGUCAACAAGAUUUACAGUAUACGUGUGUUUCGAGGCAGUUUGGUGUGGACGGGAGGGGGGGCUACCGCAAACAGAUGGAGAGGACCACGGAGAACGCCGUGUCUCGAAGUGUCAUGGUGCCUGCUGACUUCCACAACAAGAGAGAUGAGAUGAUGGAGGCUCUGACCUCAAGGGUCGACAAUGGCAGGACCAGAACGCAGGGUGUGCUGGGUGCUCUGUAUGUUUACUAUCAGAGGGAGGCCAGAGACUGUGUCCACGUGUGGCUGAGUGCUGACACAGACCACUACUGCUCAUCAGAGGGGGAUAAGGGCUGGGGAUGUGGCUACAGAAACUUCCAGAUGCUCCUGUCUUCUCUGCAAAGAAUGGCGCCCUACACUACCAGUCUCUCAGAGGGGUCAGUACCCAACAUCCCCCAGGUGCAGGUGUUGAUAGAGGGGGCGUGGCGGGAGGGGUUAGACCCACAGGGCGCCACCCACUUUAACCAGCGACUACAGGGCACACGGGCCUGGAUAGGAGCUACAGAGAUCUACGCUCUCUGCACCUCCCUCAGAGUCAGUGCCCGUGUUCUAGACUUCCACCAGCCCACGGGCCCAGGGGACACCCACCCCCGCCUCUUUGACUGGGUAAGGCAGUACUUCUCUCAGACUGCCACCAGAGGCGCCAGACUACUGCCCCGGGUGGUGCAGACCACACAGCCGCCCCUCUACCUCCAGCACCAAGGCCAUAGCCGCUCAAUAGUAGGAGUGGAACAGAAGAAGAAUGGCAGCCUGUGCCUGUUGCUCCUGGACCCUGGCUGUACACCAGGAGAUGUGAGGAAACUGCUGAGCCAAGAUGGCUCCACUGUUAGCACAGCUGUCUGCCGCAUGAGGAAGUUCCCUGGCAACCUGAAACAUAGGCAGUACCAGGUGGUGGCUGUAGAGGGCGUGCUCUCCCCCGUGGAGAAACAGACCCGCAUUCUCAACUCAAGAACACUGCGAGCCGAGAGGAUCCCUUGAUGCAGGAAUGCAGUUUUGCAAAUGUAUAACUGCCAAAAACAUGUUGAAUUUUCUUGGACGUUUUAUUAAGAUCAUUUGGAUUCCACUGAUCCCCAGGUUCUGGACUAUAUGCUGGUUCCUCACCGGAACUUCAACCUGAUCAAUGAGAUCCGAGACUCCGACAUAUUCGC